GUCGUUCUUCUCUUGCCAUCCUCCAGUCUCCAACAGUCCAAACCAGAGUAUUAUUCCUUAGGCCAUGUGCGUCCACGAACCCACCUACUCAAUUUGAAUUAAUUAAUGGUAAUGAUCCAUCCCCCAUGUGAGGGCAAGAAGAGUUUUAAAAACUUGUCACCCCAGAGAAAGACAUUUUCAAAAAGCUUUCAUACUUCCUUACCUGAGCUAUCUGAGCUAUCUACGAACCUUGGAAUAUUACUUCAUCCAAUUCCCUUGCAAAGAAAAGAAGAGAAAAAUGGCUGGAGCUUUGAUCGGAGAGGCCUUUAUUUCUGCUUCCAUCCAGGUGAUUUGUGACAGAAUUGCCUCACCCGAGUUCAUUGAUUUAUUUCGGCACAAGAAACUCGAUCAACCUCUCCUCAUGAAACUGAAGAGGACCCUUUUGACCUUGAACGCAGUGCUCGAUGAUGCAGAGGAGAAGCAAAUUGAGAAACCAGCUGUGAGAGAGUGGCUUGACGACCUCAAACAUGCAGUCUUUGAUGCUGAGGACUUGCUGGGGGAGAUCAACUAUGAAGCAUUGCGAUGCAAGCUGGAAGGUGAAGCUGAAACAGCCGACAAAUUUACCAACAAGGUGUGGAACUUCCUCCCUACUUCUCGUAAUAAGUUUUAUCAAAGCAUGAAUGUUAAGAUACAGGAGUUGUUACGAAAACUAGAAGACUUUGUACAACUGAAAGGUGCUCUUGGUUUGACAGAAGUUGUUGGGAGGAAGUUUUCACAAAGAACUCCAACAACUUCCUUGAUUCAUGAACCUUAUGUAUAUGGUAGAAAUGAAGUCAAAGAAAAUUUAUCAAAAGUGUUGUUCUCUGAUGAUGCAAGCAAGGAUGAUGUGUCUGUCAUCACCAUUGUUGGAAUGGGUGGGGUUGGCAAGACAACCCUUGCUCGAAUGCUUUACAAUGACGACAGGGUGAAAGAGCAUUUUACAUUUAAAGCUUGGGCUUGUGUUUCAGAAGAUUACGAUGCUAUUAGGGCAACUAAAACUCUUCUCGAGUCAGUCACUUCAAAACCUUGUAAUACGACAGAUCUCAAUUUGCUUCAAGUUGAACUAAGAGAACAACUGAGGGGGAAGAAAUUUUUGUUUGUAUUGGAUGACCUUUGGAAUGAGAAAUAUACUGAUUGGAACUGCCUCCAAACUCCUUUUACUUCAGGGGCAAGGGGAAGUAAAGUCAUCGUAACAACACGGAACAAAAAUGUAGCAUCUUUCAUGCAAAAUGUUCCCACUCAACCCUUGGAACCAUUGUCGCAUGAAGAUUGUUGGUCAUUACUUGCAAAACAUGCGUUUGGAAAUGUAAACUGUAGUGCAUAUCCAAGCUUGGAAGAAAUCGGCAAGAAAAUUGCACGAAAGUGUAAUGGGUUGCCUUUAGCUGCACAAACACUUGGCGGUUUGUUACGUUCCAGGCUAGACUCUGAGGUAUGGAACAGAGUACUAAACAACAGCAUUUGGGAGUUACCUACAGAGAAAAGUGACAUUCUUCCUGCUCUAGGGUUGAGUUAUCAUUAUCUUCCAGCUAAGUUAAAGCAAUGCUUUAUUUAUUGUUCAAUUUUUCCAAAAGACUAUGAAUUCAAGGUAGAAGACAUUGUUUUUCUUUGGAUGGCGGAAGGUUUAAUUCCCCAAGCGGAGAAUGGGGACAACAUGGAAGAAGUGGCUAAGGAAUAUUUUGAUGAACUUUUAUCCCGAUCAUUGUUUCAAACAUCGGGGAAAUCAAGUUUCGUUAUGCAUGAUCUCAUCAAUGACUUGGCUUUGUUCAUGUCUAAAGGAUUUUGUUCUAGGUGGGAAGGGAGGGAAUCACAUGAAGUAGAAAGAGUUCGCCAUUUGUCAUAUGCUAGGGAAGAAUAUGAUGUUUCUCUUAAAUUUGAGCAAUUAAAGGAGGCUAAGUGUUUGCGGACCUUCCUACCUACCUCUUUAAAUCCAUAUAACUCUUAUAAAAAUUAUUAUCUAAGUAAAAAGGUUGUACAAGAUUUGUUGUCGUCACACAGAUGUUUACGGGCGUUAUCAUUGUCAAGUUAUAGGAAUGUCACUCAGCUACCUGAUUCUAUUAAAAAUCUUAUUCACUUGCGCUAUUUGGAUCUCUCUGGUACUGCAAUUGAAAG